GGGUCUUAUUACCGCUUCAGGGCAGGGCUUUGGCAGCUGCAUUGCAGGAUACACAGCGAAGACACUACCAUCCGACAGUGAGCCCAACAUCGCCGAACCUCAAAUGUGAGUUCAACCCCAUGCCCUUGCACACAGCUUAGUACCCAGACGCUCCUGCAUGAGGAACGUCAAAUAAUCGUAUUUCGGAUGGAUGCAUCCAUGCGUUAUCGGAUGCAGCAUACCCUUUACUUCGAUCGUUUCUCGGUGACUUCAAGUGCUGACUAUCAUCUGCGCAGUAAAUAUCCGGCAUACAAAUAAUGGCUGACGCAGCACGCGGACGCGGUGGAUUCGGACGUGGAAGAGGUGACCGAGGCAGAGGUCGUCGCGGGCCCCGUAGAGGAGGCCGCAAGGAUGAGGAAAAGGAGUGGGCUCCUGUUACUAAACUCGGCCGUCUCGUGAAGGACGGUAAAAUCAAAUCUAUGGAAGAGAUCUACCUAUUCUCUCUUCCUGUCAAGGAAUACCAGAUCGUCGACUUCUUCCUGCCCAAGCUUAAGGACGAGGUUAUGAAGAUCAUGCCUGUGCAGAAGCAGACCCGUGCCGGUCAGCGUACCCGCUUCAAGGCUUUCGUUGCCAUCGGUGACUCUGACGGACAUGUCGGAUUGGGUGUGAAGUGCGCGAAAGAAGUUGCAACUGCCAUACGGGGCGCUAUCAUCCUCGCUAAACUCUCCGUCAUUCCUGUGCGAAGAGGUUACUGGGGCGCAGCCCUUGGUGAACCCCACACUGUGCCAUCAAAGGUCAGCGGAAAGGUCGGCUCCGUUAUGUGCCGGCUGAUCCCUGCCCCUCGUGGUACUGGUAUCGUCGCUGCUCCCGCAUCAAAGCGUCUGCUUCAACUUGCUGGUGUUGAGGAUUGCUAUACGCAGUCGAAGGGCUCGACUGCAACGAUGGGUAAUUUCUUGAAGGCCACCUUUGCUGCUAUUACGAAAACUUACGCGUUCCUCACUCCUGACCUAUGGCGCGAGAUUCCUGUUUCAAAAGUGCCUUAUGAUGAGCACAGUGCUCACCUACAGCUUACAGCAGGCAAGAAGGCAUAUUAGAUGUAGGGUUAGCACAGUUUUCUCUCAUGUAUAUCUGAAAAAUCACGCCCAUGCUUUUGCCUAUGGAUCUUUCCACGAGUGUACACAGCUGAUGUGAUCUGUACGCCAACCGUCUGCGGCCCGGAUCCGGGAUUUUGGAGUCAUAUGUAACAGAGUCUUACACCGUGCAUUGGCCAUGUUGUUAAAUAUAUUAGGCGCGCGUGGCUAAAAAAAUUCCUUAUUUAAUUGAAUUUUAGGUGGCAGUGC